UAGCCGGGCAGAAACCAGUAACUAUAUCGAUUGCAAGUUUGUUUGUGUUUAUAUAUAUUUCUUUCAUUCAGAUUUCUUAUAAUUAGACACCUAUUUUAAAGUAAUUUUUCAAACAUGUUAGUAAGCGGCCUACUUUCGCGACUUAGAGUUUCAAGUUCUAUAAAUCCUUUGCUGUUCCGAGGCUUUAAAAGCGAGUAUUCACUGGAUAAAAUUUAUCCAGAAAGCUCAUUGAAUCUGUCCAAACCCAAGGAAAUAAAAUCUAGUGAGGACAAAUUCUCAGGUUUUGUACCAAUAGAAAAACUCCAAAUAACCUAUUCAAAAAGUAGUGGUCCUGGUGGACAAAAUGUAAAUAAAAAUAAUACAAAAGUUGAAGUGCGAUUUCAUGUAGCAACAGCAUCAUGGAUACCAGAAAUAGCAAGAGAAAAACUUUUGAAACUGCAUCAUAAUAAUAUAACUAAAGAUGGCUUCAUGGUGUUGAAAUCAGAUAAAACUCGUAUGCAGACUUUAAAUUUAGCAGAUUGUAUGGAUAAAUUAAGAUGUUAUAUUAGAGAAGCUGAAAAACCUCCCCCAGAAGUGUUACCGGAAACUUUAGCAUUACAAAAGAAAAGGCAGGAAAAAGCUGCAGCUGAACGACUCAGAGAAAAAAGAAUCGGUACAUCCAUUAGAAGAAUGAAAAAAGAAGGCUUACACAAUAUGGAAUAUUAAAUUCCUAAUCUAUAGUUUAUAUUAAAUAAAUUUCUUUGUUUUUAUGAA